AUGUCUUCUCUUCCUGAGCGCUUCGUCAUCAUCGUCGAUGGCCAACACGUAACCAAGCCGGAGCAUGACCACGAUGAAAUCCGUCCCGCUGAAGUUGGGGAAAAGUCUUCUGCUGCCACGUUUGAGCUCCAGGGAAAUACCCUUGUCAGCGGUGACUGGGCCUUGGGCUGCAGCAAGCUUGCAGGCAAGGUGAUUGGCAACAGAGUGCCUGCCUCGGCUGUUGUCUGGUUGAGAAAGGACCAGGCACAGGAAGUGUAUCCAGUUACAGUGAAGGAUGGGGAAAAUGGGCCUCAGCUCAGAUUUUCACACAACUCUAUUGACGAGGAAGGCGGCCCCUUGGCUCUCUCCGGCAAGCAGCUUCUCUCUAAUGUCUCAGGUACCUAUGACGAAGGAACAGCUGUCGAGAUCGUGGCCAGUCAGGAGUAA